CAAUUUAUUACCUUGUUGCUCAAAAGUAAUGGGAACCAAUUGUGAGUGUCAAUAUACAUUGAUGGUGAUGAAUGAAAUAGUGCAAGAGCAGUUCUCCCAGACAAAGGACAAUUUCAAUUAUGUUCCUAGUAUUCAUGAAGUGGAUGAAGAAGAUACUGAUGAAGAAUAUGUUUAUGAUCAAGAUUUCACAACUGCAAACGAAGUUCAACAAGAUGCAGACAUAGCAGGAAAUAUGAUAGAUGAUGUUUCGAUAUAUAGUAACGAAUCAUUCUGCUCUGACGAAUCAUCCGAUGAGACCAAUAUUACAACAAGAACUUUGAACGGAUCUCAUAUACCUAAAGAAACUGAACAUGAGUGUGAAAAGGACUGUAAAGAAAAAUGUGAGAGCUCAAUACAAGACAGAGAAAUUGUAAAUUCACGUUGUUGUAGAAGUUCAAUGUCUGAUGAUAAAUCUACUAUAUUGAAAGCAGUCAAAUGUAGAAGGAAGAACAUGAGUUUCACAGAUGAAGAGCUUAGAAAAAUUGAAUGGGAGAAUCAACUCCUUCUGAGUAAGAUAAUGGCCCAACAAAAACCCAAGGAGAAAAUACUUCAUGAAAAUGUAUCACAAUCCAAAAUUAGCAGUUCAGCAAUCAAUAGAAAGAAGUUACAGAGAAAAAUCGAAAGUGAAAAUAUAUUGCUGCUCCAACGACUACAACAAACUAAAUCACGUGUUAUGAACGCUACAACAAAAUCUGGAUGCAGGCAGACGAUUUUGUAAUUUGUAGCAAAGAAUUUUUCUACAUAUUUUACAUGAAUAAGAUUUUAUACUUUGAUGUGAUAAGAUUUCUAUACUUUAUACUAACGGAAUAUGGUUUUAAUUACGAUUGUGAUAUAUUUUAUUCUUUGUGCCACUGAAUAGGAUAUUGCAAUUAAAUGACAUGCUUUUUGGAAAUAUGUGAAAAUUCAUAGGAAUAUAUAUUUAUAACAAAAUUAUUGGUUGUAAACGAUCUCACUUCUUUAAUAGCACAUAUGUAAAACGAAUAAUCGGACCUAUGUAAAAAUAAGACGCACGCGAUUAAAACACAGCAAUUACCAGUCUUGAAGUGUAGGUACACAUUUUUAUUUUGUUUUGUAUACAUCACAACUUUGUAAAAUGUUUUGAAAACUUACCGAAGAAAUUUCUACAAGUCAAGACUAUAAAAAUCACAGUUCUCACUCGUUCCAA